AUGGAAGAAGAAGAAGAAUAUGAAGAAUAUGAAGAGUAUGAAGUGGAAGAGACUGUAACGGUUCCUGAAUCACAUACAAUCAUUCGAAAGGUUUCAGAGCCACAGAAAGUAAUUCGAGAGGUUCACCAUGGACAAUCUGAUUCAGGGCUGCCUGUCAGGAAAGUGAAAAAGAAAAAGAAAGCUGACACAUCAAAGUUCAUGACCCCUUACCUGGAACACAGUUAUAAGAUGCAGGAGCUAUUUAGUCCGAACAAGUACAAGGAACAAUUUGAAUGUGAGAAAGGGAAACCUUAUGCCAUCACCUCUGACACACCAGAAUUGAGGAGAAUUCGCAAGGUUCAGCAACAGCUCAGUGAGGUUAAGUAUCGUUCAGAUGCUGACAAAGCAAAGACCAUGUGCCAUGUUGAUGGGACAGCCCGGGAUAUCGAACAUGCUAAAAAUGUUUCACAGUUGGUUAGCAAGGCGCUGUAUAAACAAAAAUGGGAAGAAUCGAAGGACGUCUACCAAUUGCCACCUGAUGCACCUGAGCUUGUGCGAGCUGUGAAAUUUGCUGAAGCUUUCAGUCCGAAAUUGUACAAAGAAGCCUGGGAGGAGGAAAAGCCUUUCUACUAUCCUUACACUGACAGUCCAGAGCUGAGACGAGUCGCCAGCGCUCAGAAAGCACUGAGUGAUAUUCAAUAUAAGAAAGGACACAAUGAUCGAAUGUCAAAGUACACUUCGCUGGCAGAACCACCAGAUGUAGAACUGGCCAAAAAAGUUUUCAAUCAACGCAGUGAUCUUAAAUACCAUGAGGACUAUAAUAAAAAUAAAGGCAAAUGGAGCCAGACACCUUGCUAUGAUGUUGCGAUUGCACGCAUGAAUGCCAACAACUUGAGUUCAAAAGUGUAUAAUGCUGCCUAUGAGGAAAUGAAAGACCAAAUUUACUUCAUGCAGACUGAAACCCCAGAAUAUGAAGCCAAUAAGCGUGCUGCAAAUGCAUCUAGUGCGGUAAAAUAUAAAAAGGACUAUGAGAAGACCAAACAUCAAACAGAUUACAACACACUACCUGCUACUGAAAACCCACUCCUUCAGCAGUACAAGCUUGCUGGGAAAUCAGCUAGUGAUAAACUGUACAAGGAAGGUUAUGAGAAAGCUGUCAGGACAAGCAUCAAUUAUUGUGAAACUCCAAAGUUCAAAACAGACCAAGUUCUGAAGGAUUUCAGUGAUGUUAAGUAUAAGCAGAAGUAUGAUGAUGAAGUUAAGGGUCAUUAUAUUGGCAGCCAUGAGGAUCCAUACACGCUUCAUUGUUUGAAGGUCGGAGCAAUGAAAAGCGAUAAAGCUUAUAAAGCAGAUUAUGAACUGGAUAAAUUAAGCUGUUACUUCCCUCAAACUCUUACUCCAGAGUAUGAAGCUAUGAAGAAUAGUUAUCAGUGUAAAGACCCAGUUUAUAAAACGCAUCCUGAUAAAAUCAAGUUCACUCAAGUGGUGGAUUCUCCAGUUAUGGUGCAAGCCCAGAUCAAUGCCAAACAGCUGAGUGAUCUAAAUUACAAAGCAGACUAUGAGAAGGAAAAGUUCAGAUGUACCAUUCCCCAUGAUAGUCCUUCUUUCAUCCAGUCCAGAGUGAAUGCAUACAAUCUAAGCGAUAAUUGUUACAAAUAUGACUGGGACAAAGAUAAGGCCAAGCACUGCAACAUCAGGAUGGAUGCCAUACCUAUUAUAGCAGCAAAGGCACAGAGAAAUAUUGCAAGUGAUGUGAAAUAUAAGCAAGGCUAUGAAAAGUCUCGCGGGAAACACAUUGGAGCUCAAUGUAUUGAAGACGACCCUAAGAUCUUGCACUCUGUGCAUGUGGCAAAGAUGCAAAGUGAGCGUGCAUAUAAAAAAGACUAUGAAGAGACAAAGACCAACUAUCAUACUCCACUUGACAUGAUCAACGUCUCCCAGGCCAAGAAGGCUCAAGAUAUUGCCAGCAACGCACACUAUAAGCAACCAAUGAAUCGUUACUUUAUGCCUCCUGAUGGUUUGCUUCUGGAUUUGGCUAAGAAAGCCUACACUUUGCAGAGUGAUGCUGUGUAUAAAGCAGAUUACAACAACUGGCAAAAGGGCAUUGGUUGGACUCCUUAUGGUUCCAUGGAUGUUGAAAAGGCCAAGAAAGCUAUGGAUAUCCUGAAUGAGAAAAAAUACCGCCAGCCUCCAGACACAAUUAAAUUCACUUCAAUAGAGGACUCCCCAGGAACAGUGCUGGCAAAGAUCAACCAAGAACAGCGAAGUGAUAUAAACUACAAAGCUAAGGAUGAGAAGACCUUGCACAAGUACAGCUAUCCUCCAGAUGUGCCAGAGUUUAUUCAGGCCAAAAUCAAUGCGAUAAAUGCCAGUGAUAACUGCUACAAGAAAGAAUGGAAAAAAGAUUUAGCAAAGGGUUAUAACCUCACCUUUGAUGCCAUUCCAAUUAUUGCAGCUAAAUCUUCCCGGCAUAAUGCUAGUGAUGUUAAGUAUAAGAAAGCUUAUGAGGAAGCAAAGGGCAAACAUGUUGGUUUCCGUAGCCUCAAAGACGACCCUAAGCUGGUCCAUUCUAUGCAUGUAGCCAAGAUUCAAUCUGAUCGUGAGUACAAAAAAGACUACGAAAAAAGCAAGACCAAAUAUCACACACCAGUGGACAUGAUCAAUAUUACUGCAGCCAAGAAGUCGCAGGAAGUGGCCAGCAAUGCUUACUACAAGAAUCUGAUCCACAAUUACACCUAUCUGCCUGAUGCCAUGAAUUUGGUACUGUCCAAGAACAUGAUGGACAUACAGAGCGAUAACAUCUACAAAUCUGACUACAAUAACUGGUUUAAAGGCAUAGGUUGGAGCCCCUUGGGCUCGAUAGAUGUGGAGAAAGCAAAGAAGGCCGGACAAGUCCUUGAUGAACACCGUUACAGAGUGCCACCAGGCACUCUCAAAUUCACCAGUGUGCCUGACUCUGUAGAAAUGGUGCUGGCUAAAGCCAAUGCUCUGCAGUUUAAUGAUAAACUGUACAGAUCUGGAGGAGAAAAGAUCAAGCAUAAGUACACCUUGCCCUCAGAUGUGCCACAGUUCAUUCAGUCUAAAUACAAUGCUGUCAACCUCAGUGAUAAUUGCUACAAAAAUAACUGGAAGAAGUCACUGGCUAAAGGAUAUCACCUUGAGUCUAAUGCCAUCCCUAUUGUUGCGGCUAAAGCAUCAAGAAAUAUUGCCAGUAAUUAUAAGUACAAAGAGGCCUAUGAGAAGGAUAAGGGCAAACAUGUGGGUUUCCGCAGCCUCAAGGAUGACCCUAAACUGGUCCAUUCCAUGCACGUGGCCAAGAUUCAGUCUGACCGCGAAUACAAAAAAGACUAUGAGAAGAGCAAGACCAAAUAUCACACGCCGUUGGACAUGGUCAAUAUUACUACGGCCAAGAAGUCGCAGGAAGUGGCCAGCAAUGCUAACUACAAGCAUCUGAUCCACAAUUACACCUACUUGCCUGAUGCCAUGAGUGUGGUACUGUCCAAGAACAUGAUGAACAUACAAAGUGAUAAUUUGUAUAAGCAGGACUACAACUGCUGGCAGAAGGGCAUAGGCUGGAUUCCGAUUGGCUCACUGGAUGUGGAGAAGGCCAAGAAAGCAGCAAAGGCCUUGGAUGAACAUAAGUACCGUCAACAUCCAGACACGGUCAAGUUUACCAGUGUCCCUGACUCUGUGAAUAUGGUUCUGGCCACAAGCAACACAAAGCAGCUCAGUGAUCUGAACUACAAAAAAGCCGGUGAAAAGAUAAAGCACAAAUAUACCCUUGACAUUCAAUAUCCACCAUUCUUACAGGCAAAGGUCAAUGCUCAAAAUUUAAGUGAUCAACUGUAUAAGGAAGCCUGGAACAAGACUAUUGCUAAAGGUCAUGAUAUCCGGGCAGAUGCCAUUCCAAUUGUUGCAGCCAAAGCUUCAAGAAACAUUGCAAGUAAUUAUCGAUACAAAGCAGCCUUUGAAAAGGAAAGGGGUAAACAUGUUGGGUUCCGUAGCCUUCAAGAUGACCCUAAGCUGGUCCAUUCCAUGCACGUAGCCAAGAUUCAGUCUGACCGUGAGUACAAAAAAGACUAUGAGAAAAGCAAGACCAAAUAUCACACGCCGUUGGACAUGGUCAAUAUUACUACAGCCAAGAAGUCCCAGGAAGUGGCCAGCAAUGCUAACUACAAGCAUCUAAUUCACAAUUACACCUACUUGCCUGAUGCCAUGAAUGUGGUACUGUCCAAGAACAUGAUGGACAUACAGAGUGAUAACAAUUACAAAAUGGAUUAUAACACCUGGUUUAAAGGCAUCGGCUGGAUACCUAUUGGCUCUUUAGAUGUGGAGAAGGCAAAGAAAGCAACUCAAAUAGCAAGUGAGAAGAAAUACCGCCAACAUCCUGAUACAUUAGAAUUCACAAGCAUUCCUGAUUCUCUUGAGCUGGUCUUGGCCAAGAAUAAUGCACAGAUGUGGAAUAAGAAACUGUACACAGAAGCAUGGAAUAAAGACAAGAUCAAAAUCCAUAUUAUGCCAGAUUCACCAGAAAUUGUGCUGUCCAAAAGCAACCAGAUGAACAUGAGUGAGAAAUUAUACCGAUCUGGCUGGGAGAAAUCGAAGAAGAAAGGCUAUCAUCUGAAGCCUGAUGCCAUUUCGAUAAAGGCCGCAAAGGCUUCAAGAGACAUCGCCAGUGAUUACAAAUACAAACAAGCGUAUGAAAAAGAUAGAGGAAAGCACAUUGGUUUCCGUAGCUUGCAGGAUGAUCCCAAGCUUGUACACUUCAUGCAUGUUGCUAAACUACAGUCAGAGCGCGAGUACAAGAAGGAUUAUGAAAAGUUCAAGACAAAGUACAACACACCAUUGGACAUGGUCAGCAUCACAGCUGCUAAGCAGUCUCAAGCAGCAGUCAGCAACAUUGACUACAAAAGACUCAUCCAUCAUUACAUUUCUCCUCCUGACUCAAUGAACUUGGUACUGGCCAAAAACAUGAUGAACAUACAGAACGAUAACCUAUAUAAGUCAGAGUACACUGAUUUUAUAAGGGGCGUUGGUUGGAUCCCCAUUGGCUCACUGGACAAUGAAAAGAACAAACGUGCUUCAAAUAUCCUGUGUGAGAAAAAAUAUCGUCAACACCCAGAGAUGUUCAAAUAUACCAUUGAUGCUCAGUCCAUGCCAAUGGAGCUGGCAAAAGCAAAUGCCAAAAUCAUGGAUAUGAACCUGUAUAAGGAAGCCUGGGAAAAAGACAAGGUUCAGGUACAUGUAAUGCCAGACACACCAGAGAUUACGCUAGCUAAAGUGAACCAGUACAACAUAAGCCAGAAAAUGUACAAACAAAGCAUGGAAGAAGCAAAGAAGAAGGGAUAUGAUCUUCGUGCUGAUGCCAUUCCAAUCAAAGCUGCCAAAGCUUCUGCUGAUAUUGCCAGCGAUUACAAGUAUAAGCUUGCUUACGAAAAGGCUAGGGGAAAGCACAUUGGUUUCCGUAACCUGCGAGACGAUCCUAAGUUGGUUCAUUCCAUGCACGUAGCCAAGUUGCAGUCCGACCGUGAAUACAAAAAGAAUUAUGAGAAGAGCAAGACCAGGUAUCAUAUGCCAUUGGACAUGCUAAGCAUCUUAGCUGCUAAGAAGUCCCAGGAAGUGGCCACUAAUGCCAAUUACAGACAAGUAAUCCACCAUUUCACAUACCUACCUGAUGCAAUCGACCUGGACCGUGCCAGAAAGAUGAUGGAAAUACAGAAUGAUAACAAUUAUAAGUCGGAUCUUCAGUGGCUGAAGGGAACUGGCUGGAGUCCCAUUGGUUCAUUGGAUGUUGAGAAGGCUAAGAAAGCAACAGAGAUCGCAAGUGAGAAGAAUUAUCGCCAGCGUCCGGAUAACUUCAAGUUCACAAGUGUGCCUGACUCUAUGGAAAUGGUCCUGGCUAAGACCAACACAGAAGCCAUGAAGAAGAAUCUGUACACCAAGGCCUGGGAGAAAGACAAAACUAAGAUCCAUGUAGAUGCAGAAUCUCCAGACAUCGUACAAGCAAAAGCCAAUGCGCUCAUAUUCAGUAAUAACAAGUAUAAGCGUGACUGGGAAGAAUCCAAGAAGAAAGGUUAUGACCUCCGUCCUGAUGCAAUAUCAAUAAUUGCUGCUAAAAAUUCCACAAAUAUUGCAAGUGAUUAUAAAUACAAAACGGGCUACCGCAAGCAGCUUGGCCACCAUGUUGGUUUCCGCAACAUUAAAGAUGAUCCUAAACUGGUCUGGUCCAUGCACUUAGCCCAGAUGCAGAGUGACAGAGAGUACAAGAAGAACUUUGAGAAAACCAAGACCAAGUUCAACAUGCCAGUGGACAUGCUGGACAUCCUGUUGGCCAAGAAAUGCCAGACCUUAGUCAGUGACAUUGACUACAGGCAUCGCCUGCACCAAUGGACCUGUCUCCCAGACCAGAAUGAUGUGAUCCAGGCUAAGAAAGCCUAUGAUUUGCAGAGUGAUAAUGUAUACAAAGCAGACCUUCAGUGGCUAAAGGGUAUUGGAUGGUCUCCUCUUGAAUCACUAGAUACGAUCAAAGUCAAAAAAGCUGGUGAGAUCCUGAGUGAGAGCAACUACCGUCAGCACCCAUCGAAAUUUCAGUUCACCAGCUUGCCUGACUCCAUGGAUCUGACCCUGGCAAAGAAUAAUGCGCUUACGAUGAAUAAGAGGCUUUACACAGAAGCUUGGGAGAAGGACAAGACGAAGGUUCAUAUCAUGCCCGACGCUCCUGAAAUCCAACUGGCCAAAGCAAAUGCAAUAAACAUUAGCGAGAAAUUAUACAAAAAAGAUUAUGAAGAAUUAAAGAAGGGAGGAUAUGAUCUGAGAAAUGAUGCAAUUUCCAUCAAGGCUGCAAAGGCUUCCAGGGAUAUUGCCAGUGAUUACAAAUAUAAAACAGCCUAUCGCAAGCAGCUUGGCCACCAUGUUGGAUGCCGUAACAUUCAGGAUGAUCCCAAACUGGUCUGGUCCAUGCACGUGGCCAAGAUUCAGAGUGACAGGGAGUACAAGAAGGACUUUGAGAAAACCAAGACCAAAUUCAACAUGCCAGUGGACAUGCUGGACAUCCUGUUGGCCAAGAAAUGCCAGACGCUGGUCAGUGACAUUGACUACAAGCAUUACCUGCAUCGCUGGACCUGUCUCCCAGACCAGAAUGAUGUGAUCCAGGCUAAGAAAGCCUAUGAUUUGCAGAGUGAUAAUCAAUACAAAUUGGACCUUCAGUGGCUAAAGGGUAUUGGAUGGUCACCUCUUGAAUCGCUAGAUGUAGUCAAAGCCAAAAAAGCUGGUGAGAUCCUGAGUGAGAGCAACUACCGUCAGCACCCAUCGAAAUUUAAGUUCACCAGCUUGUCUGACUCCAUGGAUCUGACCCUGGCAAAGAAUAAUGCACACACAAUGAACAAGCGUGCAUAUGUUGAAGCUUGGGAAGCAGACAAGACCAAAAUUCACGUCAUGCCUGAUACGCCAGACAUAAUAUUGGCAAAACAGAAUCAGAUUGCAUGCAGUGAUAAACUGUACAGACUUGCUAUGGAGGAGUCAAAGAAAAAGGGCUACAACUUGCUUCCUGAUGCCAUCUCAAUUAAGGCAGCAAAAGCAUCCAGAGAUAUCGCCAGUGAUUAUAAGUAUAAAACGGCUUAUCGCAAGCAGCUUGGCCACCAUGUUGGAUGUCGUAGCCUUCAGGAUGAUCCCAAGAUGGUCUGGUCCAUGCAUGUGGCCAAGAUUCAGAGUGACAGGGAGUACAAGAAGGACUUUGAGAAAACAAAGACCAAGUUCAACAUGCCAGUGGACAUGCUGGACAUACUGUUGGCCAAGAAAUGCCAGAUCCUGGUCAGUGACAUUGACUACAGGCAUCACCUGCACCGCUGGACCUGUCUCCCAGACCAGAAUGAUGUGAUCCAGGCAAGGAAGGCCUAUGAUUUGCAGAGCGAUAACCAAUAUAAGUCGGAUCUUCUGUGGCUGAAGGGUAUUGGCUGGAUACCAGAUGGAUCCCUGGAACAUGAAAAGGUGAAGAAAGCUGGAGCAAUUCUAAGUGAGAAAAAUUAUCGCCAGCACCCUGACACUUUCACGUUCACCAGUUUGUUGGAUUCCAUUCCUAUGUCAUUGGCAAAGGUCAAUUCCCACAAUCUCAAUCAGCGUUUAUACACAGAAGCAUGGGAGAAGGAUAAGCUUAAUAUUCACAUCAUGCCAGACACACCAGAGAUUUUGUUGGCAAGCCAGAACAGGAUCAAUUACAGUGAUAAACAAUAUAGGCUUGCAAUGGAAGAAUCAAAGAAAAAAGGGUAUGAUCUGCGUUCUGAUGCUAUCUCAAUCAAGGCUGCUAAGGCAUCAAGAGAUAUUGCCAGUGAUUACAAGUACAAAGCAGCCUAUCGCAAGCAACUUGGCCACCAUGUUGGAUGCCGUAGCCUUCAGGAUGAUCCCAAGAUGGUCUGGUCCAUGCACGUGGCCAAGAUUCAGAGUGACAGGGAGUACAAGAAGGACUUUGAGAAAACAAAGACCAAGUUCAACAUGCCAGUGGACAUGCUGGACAUCCUGUUGGCCAAGAAAUGCCAGACCCUGGUCAGUGAUAUUGACUACAGGCAUUACUUGCACCAAUGGACCUGUCUCCCAGACCAGAAUGAUGUGAUUCAGGCUAAGAAGGCUUAUGAUUUGCAGAGUGAUAAUCUAUACAAAUCAGACCUUGACUGGUUGAAGGGUAUUGGAUGGUCUCCUGCUGAAUCACUAGAUGUGGUCAAAGCCAAAAAAGCUGGUGAGAUCCUGAGUGAGAAAAAUUACCGCCAACAUCCAUCAGCAUUUAAAUUCACCAGCUUGAAUGACUCCAUGGAUAUGGCUCUGGCAAAGAAUAAUGCACACAUUAUGGAUAAGCGAGCAUACAUUGAGGCCUGGGAAGCAGACAAAACCAAAAUUCAUGUCAUGCCAGAUACUCCAGACAUAAUAUUGGCCAAACAGAACCAGACUGCAUGCAGUGACAAACUGUACAGACUUGCAAUGGAGGAGUCAAAGAAAAAGGGCUAUAAUUUGCAACCCGAUGCCAUUGCAAUUAAAGCAGCAAAAGCAUCCAGAGAUAUUGCCAGUGAUUACAAGUACAAAACAGCCUAUCGUAAGCAACUUGGCCACCAUGUUGGUUGCCGCAGCCUUCAGGAUGAUCCCAAAAUGGUCUGGUCCAUGCAUGUGGCCAAGAUUCAGAGUGACAGGGAGUACAAGAAGGACUUUGAGAAAACAAAGACCAAGUUCAACAUGCCAGUUGACAUGCUGGAUAUCCUAUUGGCCAAGAAAUGCCAGACCCUGGUCAGUGACAUUGACUACAAGAAUUACCUGCAUCAAUGGACCUGCCUCCCAGAUCAGAAUGAUGUGAUCCAGGCAAAGAAGGCCUAUGAUUUACAGAGUGAUUUAGUGUACAAGUCAGACUUGGAAUGGCUUCGUGGAAUCGGAUGGAGUCCUGAUGGUUCAUUGGACGUUGUGAAGGCUAAGAAAGCUGGGGAGAUCCUGAGUGAAAAGAAAUAUCGCCAGCACCCAGACAAAAUUAAGUUUACAAGCAUUCUUGAUUCUCUUGACCUGGUCUUAGCCAAAAACAAUGCCCUGAAUCUUAACAAACGCUUAUACACUGAAGCUUGGGAUGUUGAUAAAACCAAGAUUCAUGUUAUGCCAGACACACCUGAAAUUCUUCUGGCUAAGAGUAAUUCUGCCAACAUCAGUCAGAAACUUUACCAUGAAGCAUGGGAGAAAUCCAAGCUUAAAGGUUAUGACCUGCGUGCUGAUGCCAUUCCAAUCAAGGCAGCAAAAGCAUCCAGAGACAUUGCAAGCAUGUACAAAUACAAAGAAGCCUAUCGCAAACAGCUGGGCCAUCAUAUUGGAUGCCUCAGCCUACAAGAUGAUCCCAAGAUGGUCUGGUCUAUGCACGUGGCCAAGAUUCAGAGUGACAGGGAGUACAAGAAGGACUUUGAGAAAACCAAGACCAGAUUCAACAUGCCAGUGGACAUGCUGGACAUCCUGUUGGCCAAGAAAUGCCAGACCCUGGUCAGUGACAUUGACUACAGGCAUUACCUGCACCAAUGGACCUGCCUCCCAGACCAGAAUGAUGUGAUCCAGGCAAAGAAGGCCUAUGAUUUACAGAGUGAUGUGAUGUACAAGUCAGACUUGGAAUGGCUUCGUGGAAUCGGAUGGAGUCCUGAUGGUUCAUUGGACGUUGUGAAGGCUAAGAAAGCUGGGGAGAUCCUGAGUGAAAAGAAAUAUCGCCAGCACCCAGACAAAAUUAAGUUUACAAGCAUUCUUGAUUCUCUUGACCUGGUCUUAGCCAAAAACAAUGCCCUGAAUCUUAACAAACGCUUAUACACUGAAGCUUGGGAUGUUGAUAAAACCAAGAUUCAUGUUAUGCCAGACACACCUGAAAUUCUUCUGGCUAAGAGUAAUUCUGCCAACAUCAGUCAGAAACUUUACCAUGAAGCAUGGGAGAAAUCCAAGCUUAAAGGUUAUGACCUGCGUGCUGAUGCCAUUCCAAUCAAGGCAGCAAAAGCAUCCAGAGACAUUGCAAGCAUGUACAAAUACAAAGAAGCCUAUCGCAAACAGCUGGGCCAUCAUAUUGGAUGCCUCAGCCUACAAGAUGAUCCCAAGAUGGUCUGGUCUAUGCACGUGGCCAAGAUUCAGAGUGACAGGGAGUACAAGAAGGACUUUGAGAAAACCAAGACUAGAUUCAACAUGCCAGUGGACAUGCUGGACAUCCUGUUGGCCAAGAAAUGCCAGACCCUGGUCAGUGACAUUGACUACAGGCAUUAUCUGCACCAAUGGACCUGCCUCCCAGACCAGAAUGAUGUGAUCCAGGCAAAGAAGGCCUAUGAUUUGCAGAGUGAUUGGCUGUACAAGUCCGAUAUGGAAUGGAUCCGUGGCUGUGGAUGGAUGCCCAAUGACUCUCUCGAUGUUAAAAAAGUGAAGAAAGCACAGGAGAUCCUCAGUGAGCGGAACUACCGUCAGCCUCCUGAUCGGUUCAAGUUCACCAGCAUUGUUGACCUACCCAGUAUUGUCCUGGCUAAAACCAACGCAGACCAAUUGAGUGAUCGUCUGUACCGUGGUGCUUGGGAGAGAGACAAGCUCUUAAUUCACCUUCCAAAUGACACACCUGAGUUGCUGCUGUCCAAACAGAAUUCUGCAAACAUCAGUUCGAAAUUAUAUAAACAGGCCUGGGAAGAAUCUAAGAAGCAAGGGUACGCACUAGGAAAUGAUGCCAUCUCUAUCAAGGCUGCAAAAGCUUCCAGAAACAUUGCUAGUGACUACCAAUACAAAAUGGUAUACCGCAAGCAACUUGGCCAGCUCAUUGGAUGCCGUGACAUUUAUGAUGAUCCCAAAAUGGUCUGGUCCAUGCAUGUAGCUAAGAUGCAGAGUGACAAGGAGUACAAGAAGGACUUUGAGAAAACCAAGGCCAAGUUCAACAUGCCAAUCGAUAUGCUGGACAUUCUAUUGGCCAAGAAGUGCCAGACCCUGGUCAGUGACAUUGACUACAGGCAUUACCUGCACCAAUGGACCUGUCUCCCAGAUCAGAAUGAUGUGAUCCAGGCUAAGAAGGCUUAUGAUUUGCAGAGCGAUUGGCUGUACAAGUCCGAUAUGGAAUGGAUCCGUGGUUGCGGAUGGAUGCCCAAUGACUCUCUCGAUGUUAAGAAAGUACAAAAAGCCCAGGAGAUCCUCAGUGAGCGACUCUACCGUCAACCUCCUGAUCGGUUCAAGUUCACCAGCAUUGUUGACCUACCCAGUAUUGUCCUGGCUAAAACCAACGCGGACCAACUGAGUGAUGCAAAAUACAAAGAAGCAUGGGAAAAGGACAAACUACAGAUUCACGUCCUUCCUGAUACUCCAGAGAUAUUGCUGGCGAAAUCCAAUGCUGCCAACGUUAGUCAGAAACUUUACAAAGAGGGCUGGGAAGGUGUGAAGAUGUCUACUAAUUAUCAUGCUGAUGCUGUAUCUAUUCAGAGUGCAAAAGCUUCCAGAGAUAUUGCAAGUGACUACAAAUAUAAAGAACUAUAUCGCAAUCAGCUUGGGCACCAUAUUGGAUGCCGAGACAUAUAUGAUGAUCCCAAAAUGGUUUGGUGCAUGCACGUAGGCAAAAUGCAAAGUGAUUUGGAGUACAAGAAGGAAUUUGAGAAAACCAAGGCCAAGUUCAACAUGCCAGUGGACAUGCUGGACAUCCUGUUGGCCAAGAAAUGCCAGACCCUGGUCAGUGACAUUGACUACAGGCAUUACCUGCACCAAUGGACCUGCCUCCCAGAUCAGAAUGAUGUGAUCCAGGCAAGGAAGGCCUAUGAUUUGCAAAGUGAUUGGCUGUACAAGUCCGAUAUGGAAUGGAUCCGUGGUUGCGGAUGGAUGCCCAAUGACUCUCUUGAUGUUAAGAAAGUACAAAAAGCCCAGGAGAUCCUCAGUGAGCGACUCUACCGUCAACCCCCUGAUCGGUUCAAGUUCACCAGCAUUGUUGACCUACCCAGUAUUGUCUUGGCUAAAACCAACGCGGACCAAUUGAGCAUCGCAAAGUACAAAGAAGCAUGGGAGAGAGACAAACUUCAGAUUCACGUCCUACCUGAUACUCCGGAGAUAUUGUUGGCAAAAUCCAAUGCUGAAAAUAUUAGUCAGAAACUUUACAGAGAGGGCUGGGAAAGUGUGAAGAAGUCUACAAAUUAUCAUGCUGAUGCUGUAUCUAUUCAAAGUGCAAAAGCUUCCAGAAACAUUGCAAGUGACUAUAAAUACAAAGAACUAUAUCGGAAUCAGCUGGGACACCAUGUUGGAUGCCGAGACAUAUAUGAUGAUCCCAAAAUGGUUUGGUGCAUGCACGUAGGCAAAAUGCAAAGUGAUUUGGAGUACAAGAAGGAAUUUGAGAAAACCAAGGCCAAGUUCAACAUGCCAGUGGACAUGCUGGACAUCCUGUUGGCCAAGAAAUGCCAGACCCUGGUCAGUGACAUUGACUACAGGCAUUACCUGCACCAAUGGACCUGCCUCCCAGACCAGAAUGAUGUGAUCCAGGCUAAAAAGGCCUAUGAUUUGCAGAGCGAUGUUAAUUACAAAUCCGAUAUGGAGUGGAUGCGUGGCAUUGGAUGGAUUCCUACAGAUUCCAUUGAUGUUAAAAAAGUAAAACAUGCCCAGGAUAUUUUAAGUGAUAGAAACUAUCGGACUAAAGUAGACAGCCUUGCAUUUACGCCUGUGACCGACAGAGUUGAUUACGUUACAGCUAAACAGAGUGCAGCCAUCCUAGACGAUAUAAAAUAUCGUGAAGAAUGGAAUGCCUCUAAGACAAACUACACCCUAGUCGAUACACCUACUAUGGAAUCAGCACGAGUUGCUGCUAGAAACAUAAGUGAAAAAUUGUACAAGGAUGGAUGGGAGAAGAUGAAAGCCAUUGGUUACAAAAUGCCAGCUGAUGCUGUAUCAAUCCGUCAUGCCAAGUCAUCACAAGGCAUCCAAAGUGAGCUGAAAUAUAAAGCUGAAUACGUCAAACAGCUUGGGCACCUUAUUGGAUGCCAUAGCGUCAAUGAUGACCCCAAAAUGCUUUGGUGUAUGCAUGUAGGCAAAAUGCAUAGUGACCUGGAGUACAAGAAGGAAUUUGAGAAAAUCAAAGCCAAGAUCACCAUCCCAGUUGACAUGUUGGACAUCCUGAUGGCCAAAAAAUGCCAGACACAAGUCAGUGAAGUUGACUACAGGCACUACCUGCAUGAGUGGACUUGUCUUCCAGACCAGAAUGAUGUGAUCCAGGCACGGAAGGCCUAUGAUUUGCAGAGUGAUUUCUUGUACAAGUCGGAUCUUGAAUGGGUACGUGGUUGUGGCUGGAUUCCGCUGGAUUCAGUAGAUCAUCAAAAGGUGAAAAGAGCACAGGAGAUAUUGAGUGAUAAAAUAUAUAAAGAAAAUGCUAUUGCCAACUUUGCCAAGUUUACUCCAAUUACUGAUCCCCCAGAAGUGAUUCAAGCUAAGAUAAACACCCAUAAUACGAGCGAUUUGAAAUACAAGGAGACAUUUAACCUUGAGAAAGGCAAGUAUAUCGGUUUCACUGACACACCUCAACUGGAACUUUCAAGGGAAAUGGCAAAGCAUGUUAGUCAGAAAUGUUAUAAGGAUGCAUGGGAGAGCAGCAAAGCUUUAGGAUACAACCUGCCUCCAGACUAUCUUCCUUUGGUUGUUGCAAAACACGCUGAAAAUGUGAGCAGCAAUUUAAAGUACAAGGAACUGUAUGAAAAGCUCAAGGGACAUUACCUGGCUGGUGGAGAUAUCAAGGACUUCCCUGCUAUAAUCCAUUCGAUGGCUGUGGGCAAAAUGAGGAACAUGCUGGAUUACAGGCAGCAGUAUGAAAAUACUAAGACUGCAAUUCACAUUCCCAAUGACAUGAUAAGCAACAUUGUGGCAAAGAAAUGCCAGCAGAUUCUCAGUGACAUUGAAUACCGCACCUAUCUUCAUCAUUGGACCUGCCUGCCUGAUGAACAUGAUGUCGUUCGAGCCAAGAAUGCUCAAGAGAUCUUGAGUGAUUACGUAUACAAGGAUGACCUGAACUGGCUAAAGGGCAUGGGAUGUUAUGUUUGGGACACUCCAGAAAUACUACAUGCCAAGAAGUCCUAUGAACUACAGAGUGAGAUUAAAUACAGAACUGGUGGAAAGAAGAAUUUUGAGAACUACACCGUGGUUACAGAUACACCAGUCUAUGUGACAGCUGUCCAGAAUGCUGUUCAGUUAAGUGAUGUUAAAUACAAAGAAGACUAUGAGAAAACCAAAGACAAAUACACGACUAUUUUAGACACCGUGGAUUUCAACAGGACCAAGGAACUUAAAAAUAUAUAUAGCAAUAAUGCCUACAAACAAGCCUGGGAUACAGUGAAAGCGACAAGCUACACAAUCCCCGGAGAUUCCUUCUCAAUAGCUUUGGCCAAGAAUCAGAAAAAUAUACUUAGUCCGAUAAAGUACCGGGAACAAUAUGAGAAGUUCAAGGCUCUCUACACAGUGCCGCACUCUGUGGAGGAAGAUCCACAUACACUACACUGCCUGAAGACUGGAAAAUUAAUCCUUGAUCGUCUGUAUAGAGAAAAUUAUGAAAGGAACAAGAUGAAGAUACACAUCAUGCCCGAUAUGAUGGAGGUGAUUGCUGCCAAAGACACUCAGGCCAAGGUCAGCGAAAUUGACUAUCGCAAGUACCUUCAUGAAUGGACGUGCCUGCCAGAUCUACAGAUUAAUAUUCAUGCCAGGAAAGUCAACGAACAGUUAAGCGAUGUUCUAUACAAAGAUGACCUUAAUUGGCUUAAAGGAAUUGGAUGCAACGUAUGGGACACUCCACAGAUUCUUCACGCCAAGAAAUCCUAUGAUCUGCGAAGUGAUAUUCAGUACAAGGCCAAGGCUGAGGCAGCAAAGUCUAACUUCACACCAGUCAUGGAUACCCCAGUCUACUUGCAGGCUGUCACCAAUGCUCAACAGCUGAGUGAUAAAGUAUACCGGAAUGAAUAUAUGACAAAUAUUAAAGGCAAGGUUGCUCCAACCACAAAGACUAUAGAGCUGGAUAGAGCAAGACAAGCCAAUAAAUUACAGAGUGAGAACCUAUACCGUGAUGUUGGUCGGAGCAAUCUCCCCAAGGGAUAUACCCUUCCAGUAGAUAUGCCAUCCUUUAAACAUGCCAGGCAUGUUGACCAUAACCGCAGUGAUCUGAAGUAUAAAGAAGCUUAUGAACACAUGAAAGCAAGAGGCUACACAUUGAUCCCUGAAACCAUCAGCAUCACAGCAGCCAAAAAAGCAGAUAACAUCUUGAACCAGCGACUGUAUCGAUUACAUUAUGACACCCACAAAGACAAGAUUCAUCCCAUACCUGACACUCCAGAAAUUCGUCAAGUUAAAGCCACACAGGAGGCAAUCAGCGACUUGUCAUACAAGUCAGAGUACUUCAGGCACAAAGGGGAGAUGAUUUCUCUUCCUAUCACUCCUGAGCUGGUCCAUCAUCGAUAUGUUGGUGAAAUAACCAGCGAUAAUAAGUACAAAGAAGAUCUUCAAUGGCUGAAGGGCACUGGAUGCUUCCUGUAUGAAACUCCUGAAAUGGUCCGAGUGCGUGACUUCCACACGUUCUGGACUGGCUAUGAUAAAGUUGCCAAGAAAAUGCUUGACAAACAUACUUCUGUUCUUGAUACUCCUGAAUACAGACGUGUGACAGAACUGAAGACUCACUUGAGUGAUCUGGUGUACCGUGCCAAGGGGAACAAAGCAAAGACUAAGUACACAACAACACUUGGAACUGUGGACCUUAACCGAGCCAAACAUGGUCAGCAGCUUCAGAGCCAGUACUUGUAUGUUGAAUUAGCUACAAAGGAUAGACCACAUUACACACCUCAUGUACAAACCACAUCUCUGGAACAUGCCAAGCACGUCAAGCAUUUUGCCAGUGAGAAAAAAUACAAGGAACAAUAUGAAAAGAUGAAGAGCAAAUAUGUAUGCAUCCCAGACACACCAAUGCUGUUGUCAUAUAAGAAAGCUUAUGCCAUCGCCAGUGACUUACGGUACAAAGAAGCCUUUGAACAUGCUAAAGGGCGAUACAGGACAGUGAAGGAUGCUCUGAAUAUUGUCUACCAUCGCAAAGUCACAGAUGAUAUCAGUGAGGUGAAGUACAGGGAGAAGUAUAUCCAACAGCUGGGGCUGUGGAGAUCAAUUGCCGAUCUACCUGAGCAUUUCCAUCACCGAAUUGUGACUGAUGCAAUCAGCAACGUUAAAUACAAGGAGGACUUGGAUUGCUUGAAAGGAAUUGGGUGCUAUGUAUGGGACACUCCUGAUUUGAUGCUGGCAGAGAAGAACAAGGUGCUCUACAGCCCGAACAAAUAUCGGGAAUCGGUUGCAAAGCUCAGAAACAACUUCAAGUACACUGCCGAUACUCCACACAUCAGGCAUGCGAAGGAGGCAAUGGCCAUUUUAGAUGAGAAAACAUACAAAUCUGAGGCCAAGCUCAAAUUGAGACGAGGAUGUAAUGAAUUUUUGCGUCCUGAUAUGCUGACAGCCAUGCACAACACAGUCUCAGGAAGCCAGUGGAACUAUAAGAAGGCCUAUGAAAAGACAAAAGACAAGUACACAUCUAUUUUAGACACUCCCAACAACAUCCGAACUAAGAAAGUGACAAAUUUCAUCAGUGAUAUAAAGUAUAAACUGGAGCACAACCAGAAUAAAUCCAAGGGAUAUACUUCCAUCCAUGAUACACCAAUGCUGCUACACGUGCAGAAGGUGAAGGACAGAAUCAGUGCUUUGAAAUACAGAGAACGAUAUGAAAAGAACAAAGCUCACAUCAACGUUGGUGCUGAUGCCUUUGAGAUUAAGGCUGCCAAGAGUGCGUACAAGAACACAACUAAUCUGGAUUAUAAGAAGAAAUACGAGGCUACCAAGGCGAAAUGGGUGUGGACUGCGGACAGACCUGACUUUGUGCAGGCACACAAGGCUUCACAACAACAGAGUGAGGUGGACUACAAAUUCGACAGAGAAUAUUUGAAGGGUUGCAAGAUCUCCGUGCCUGUUUUUGGGGACAAGAACAUGACAUUAGCUGUACAAAAUACAGAUUUGGCCAGUGGAGUGAAAUACAGAGAAAAACAUGAGAAGGAAAGAGGCAUCUACCAACCAGUUCCAGACACGCCACAGAUGCUCCAUGCUAAAUCUGUCUCUACCCUAAUGUCCGAGAAAAGAUACAAAGAGGCUGUUAAGAAGGAACUUCCCCGUGCUGCUUACAUGAAGCUACCUGAGACUCGUGGAACUUCACAUGUAAAAGAGGUGUCCAAGUUACUCAGUGGGGUGAUGUACAAGGAGAAGUUUGAGAAAGAUAAAGGCAAGUCCUCCUAUUCCAUAAUGUUGGAACCUCCUGAAGUGAAACAUGCGAUGAACGUAGCCAAGGCUCAGAGCAAUAUUCAGUACAAGAAAGAGGCUAAAUCCCAAUUAGCUUACUCUUCUGUGGCAGAUCGACCAGAUAUAAUCAAAGCAACUGAAGCUGCCAAGUUAAUAAGUGAUAUUGGAUACAGAACAAAAGCACGCGAGGAGGCAAGUCGUGGUAUAAUCAGCAUUGGACGCCCAGAUAUUGAACUUGCCAAAGAGGUGUCCAAACUUACUAGCCAGAUUAAAUACAAGGAAAAGUUUGAUAAGGAGGUUAAGGGAAAGAGACCGAAGUUUGAUUUGAAGGAGAGUUCGGGAUACCAGUCAAUGAAAGAUGCAACCAUUUUUGCCAGUGAAAUUAAGUACAAGCAGGAUCUGAAGAAGAUGCACAAACCUGUGACAGAUAUGUCCGAAUCUUUACAAAUGCAGCAUAACCUCUCUACUAGCAAGCUGUCAAGUCAAUACCAGUACAAGAAGGAGUUUGAGAAGAGUAAGGGUCACUACCAACUGGUGGCCGACUCACCUGGACAAAUACAUCUGAAGGAGGCGACUGAGUUACAGAGUCAAAUCAAAUACAAGGAGCAAUACGAGAAGGAGAAGGGGAAGGCAAUGUUGGACUUUGAAACACCUGUUUACCUCACUGCCAAGGAAUCCCAGCACAUGCAGAGUGAGAAAGAAUAUAAAAAGGAUUUGGAAGAGCACAUAAAAGGCAGGAACCUUUCUGGCUUGGAGAUUACACCGGCAAUGUUGCAUGUCAGAUACGCAACUAAGAUAGGCUGUGAGAAAGAGUACAGGAAGGAUCUGGAACAUGGAGUUAAGGGCAAAGGCUUAACAGUGUUGGAGGAAACUCCAGAGAUGGUGCGAGCAAAGAAUGCAACACACAUUUUGAAUGAGAAAGAGUACAAGAGAUCGUUGGAGGAAGAAAUAAAGGGUAAGGGGCUUGUGGCACUUGCUAACGAAACACCAGACCUUGCCAGAGCAAAGAAUGCCACAGAUAUUUUAAGCCAGAUAAAAUACAAACAGUUGGCCGAAAAGGAAAAAUCUAACUACACCACGGUCAUUGACACACCUGAUAUUAUUCAUGCUCAAAAUGUGAAGUACCUGAGCAGCCAGAAACAAUACAAAGCUGAAGCAGAGAAGACCAUGUCACAAUAUGUUCCUGUAAUUGACACACCUGAGAUACAGAGAGUGCGGGAGAACCAGAAGAACUUCAGCACACUUCAGUACACUUCAGAGCUUAAACAUAUUAAAGGGAAGGUCACUACAGUAAAAGACACACCUGAAAUCCUGCGAGCUAAAGAAAACCAAAAGAAUUUCAGCUUGAUCGCAUAUAAGGAAGAUGUUGGCACUGGAACAUCAAUUAAAGAAACACCAGAGAUGGAGAGAGUCAAAAGGACACAAGAAGCGAUUAGCUCGAUCAAGUACAAGGAAAGUAUUGGGCAAGGAACUGCAAUCUCUGACCUGCCUGAGGUGAAACGUGUAAAGGAAACCCAGAAGAACAUCAGCUCGAUCAAAUACAAGGAAAGUAUUGGGCAAGGAACUGCAAUCUCUGACCUGCCUGAGGUGCAGCGUGUAAAGGAAACACAGAAGAACAUCAGCUCGAUAAAAUACAAGGAAAAUGUUGGGCAAGGAACAGCAAUCUCUGACCUGCCUGAGGUGCAGCGUGUAAAAGAAACACAGAAGAACAUCAGCUCGAUCAAAUACAAGGAAAGUAUUGGGCAAGGAACUGCAAUCUCUGACCUGCCUGAGGUGCAGCGUGUAAAGGAGACCCAGAAGAACAUCAGCUCGAUCAAAUACAAGGAAAAUGUUGGACCAGGAACUGCAAUCUCUGACCUGCCUGAAGUGCAGCGUGUAAAGGAAACCCAGAAGAACAUCAGCUCGAUAAAAUACAAGGAAAAUGUUGGGCAAGGAACAACAAUCUCUGACCUGCCUGAGGUGCAGCGUGUAAAGGAAACCCAGAAGAACAUCAGCUCGAUCUUAUACAAAGAAAACCUGGGUAAAGGGACCUCAGUGGUAUAUACACCAGAGAUGCAACGCGUUAAACGCAAUCAAGAAAACAUUAGCUCGGUUCUGUACUCUGACAGUUUCCGUAAACAAGUGCAAGGCAGGGCGUCUUAUGUGCUGGACACACCAGAGAUGAGGCGUGUACGGGACUCCCAGCGCAACAUAUCUACGGUGAAAUACCAUGAAGACUUUGAGAAGACCAAGGGAAGCUUCACACCUGUAGUUACUGAUCCCAUCACAGAGCGUGUGAAGAAGAACAUGCAAGACUUCAGUGACAUCAGCUACCGUGGAAUCCAAAGACGGGUUGUGGAGAUGCAGAGGCGACGAGUGGAAAAUGAAGGAGAAAGCCUCACAGAUCUACGUGUAUGGCGUACAAACCCUGGCUCUGUCUUUGACUAUGACCCAGCUGAAGAUAACAUUCAGUCCCGGAGUCUACACAUGUUGAGCAUUCAAGCUCAGCGUCGCAGCCGUGAACACUCCCGUUCUGCCAGUGCCCUGAGUCUGAGUGGAGGUGAUGAGAAAUCAGAACUUUCUGAACCUGAACACACCAUUACCUAUUACAAUGGAAACAAUUUCUUCCAGCCAUCAACCACCACAACUUACCACACCAAAACCACAGUGCUGCCACAGCAGAGAUCAUCCUCUGUUGCUACACAGCAGACCACCGUGUCAUCUAUUCCUUCUCACCCUUCAACAACUGGAAAAACCUACCGUGCCAUAUAUGAUUAUGCAGCAGCUGAUGCAGAUGAGGUCUCUUUCAAAGAUGGUGAUGUCCUUAUGAAUGUUCAGUCCAUUGACGAAGGAUGGAUGUAUGGAACCGUGCAAAGGACAGGGGUGACAGGCAUGUUACCUGCCAACUAUGUGGAAGCCAUAUAAACCAGGCCAUCCUUUAACCUCCCCACUCCAAAACAACAUGCAAAUUGUAUGCAACACAGAAUUUAUUGCUUGAUCCUUUCAAAUAGAAUUCUCUAAUUUUGUAGCCGGGGGUGGGUAGGGGUCAGUGAAUGAAAGUGAACUAUCACCAGUUAACUUCCAGUUUUUCCCCAGCAAAUUACAUGUCAGCACUUAAACAUAGAACUGAAUGAUGAAUCCUAGGCACAUGAAAGUGCUGUCUAUGU